ACGACCUGCCGGAGUAACUCGGAUUCGUUUGCCUUCGACAUGACGUCAUUGCUGAAUGAAGAAAGAAAGUCGCCUAAUGACUGUAAUCGAACGCACCCACAGGACUGUUCCUGUUACGGCAGCUUUGUAUUUACUUGGGGUUGCGGGGAUAUUUCCCAGGUUCGUAGUUCAAAUUGAAUUUUCCGCGGACGAAUCGCGGUUACCUCACGCCAAUGGCGGACUUUACAAGGAUCCGCUAACGAGGUACGAUUCCAGCCGUUGAGCGCAGCAGCUCCGUUCGAAAGAGGCCAAAUCAGCUGAUGCCCACUCGGCAAAUGUUGCCGCGAAAGCGACUGCAUUUGAUCGUCGCCUCUGCGCCGUCCGAUGCCUGGAUCGGCCCCUGUGCUCCGAUGGGAACCUCGACGCCGACCGAAGCAUCGUAGCGCACCGGGUCAGCAUGGAGCCGGGGACCGUCGUAAAGGCGCUCUACGACUUCAAUUCGGGGCUGGAAGGGGAGUUGCCCCUCAAGACCGGAGACUUGGUGCAGGUGGUGGAGUCCGUGGACAAGCACUGGACGCUCGGCAGCGUGCGUGGCGCACGGGGCAAGUUCCCCACCGCCUUCGUGGUCGAGGUCAAGCUGCCUCCGGUCCUGCCUGGGCAGCAGCUCUUCGCGGCCACCGCCGAUUUUUCCUCGGACGUUGACGGCGACCUCAGCUUCCGAUGCGGCGACCUGAUUGUGGGCGUGAGCGCGGUGGACGACAACUGGUGGCGGGGCCGGCUGGGGGGCCGGGAUGGCAUCUUCCCGCUGUCCCACGCCUGGCAGCUGGAGGCCCCGAAGACGUCCCGGGGCCCCUGGAAGGCCGACCUGUGGGCACGGGCGCUUCAGGACCUCUCGGCCCAGCUGGACGACGAGAUGAGCCUCGCCAGGGGAGACCUUGUGCAUGUCACCCAGAUCCUCGACAAGGACUGGUUCUGGGGGGAAUGUAACGGACUGUCCGGAAAGUUUCCACGCAACUUCGUUGCCCUCGUUUCGGACAUUGAGACGCCUGACCUCUCAGUCUGCCCCGCUGAUUCGUCUGAGCCGGCUCCUAGCGAGAGUUCGCCCGCCAGUGCCGUCCCAGCUCCGCCAAAACCUCAGCGAAGCUUCGAGGUUGACCCAUCCACGGAGCCGACGACGCGAGUCGCGUUGUCAGAGCCAUCCGAACUCGUAGCCGGCGGCUACCACAACCUCAACUCCGGCCUCGCCCCCUACGGGAGAACAAAGUUCCCGUUCGUGGCGCAGUACCCUAACGAACUUUCGUUUGGAGUGGGUGAACUUGUCACGCUCGUUCGCCACGUCGACGACGAGUGGACGGAAGGCGAGCUUGGCGGGAAGGCCGGUCUCUUCCCCACGGAAUACGUGGACGUCAUCGUCGAUUGCGCGAGUCCGAACGCCCCCGACGCCUCAACGGAAGACGGCAGCACACACGGCGGCGCCUGCUUCGGCAGGGCGCUGUUCGACUUUGCCGGCGACACGGAGGGCGACCUUCCUCUCUCGGCAGGAGAGGUUGUGGUGCUCCUCGGGAAGGUCAACGCAGACUGGUACCGGGCGCGCUCGCGUGACGGGCGCCUGGGGAUCUGCCCGACGUCCUUUGUCGAGGAGUUGGUGCGGUCGUCCGGAGAGCCCGUCACGCCGCGGAAGAUGGGACGCUUCAAUUCGGCGCCGAGCUGUCGGGCGGAGGAAGUACGGAGGAGGACGUUGCCACCCUGGGGUAGCCUCGCAGAAGAAGCAGAAGAUGCCAGGGAGCUCAAGAGCCUGCCCUCCGUCGACCGCGGCGAAGAGGGCGGCGAAGCCGAGGCGGCACCACCACCGCUUCGGAGGGCGAACACUCUGUCCAGCUCCGACAGUGCCGCUUUCAAGAGGGAGGUUGCAAGCUUUCACGAGAUCAAGCCAGUGGUCCAGCGGGCAGCCGUCCCCAGGCGGCCUCCCCCAGCUGCCCCGUCGUCCGUCUCGUCCGUGCCCAGCAGGACGGCCCCACCCAUCCCGCUAGACCCCUGGAUGGCGCCACCAUCCCAGCCGGAAGCCCAAGCACAGUGCAGUGGCACGUCGCAGGCAUCUCAGGGCGCUCCGGUGCGACCAGAGGAACAGGCCGCUAAGGAGGAGGAGCGGAGGCGCAAGCGUCGUGACCACCGGCAGUGUGUGGUGACAGAGCUGUUGCAGACGGAGCGUGACUACCUGAAGGCUCUGCAGAUGUGCUACGACAUCUACUUCAGCGACCAGGCCAAGGCCAAGAUGCGAAGCCUGGACAUUGAUGCAAUUACACUGUUUGGGAACCUGGACGAGGUGAUUGCGGUGUCCUCCCAGCUCCUGGGGUCGCUGGAGAGAGAGCUGGUGAACGCCGAAUCCUGUCAGCUCGUGGGGAAGUGCUUUGUGAGCGUGGCCGAGGAGCUCAAGGAGGUGUACGGCCACUACUGCCGCAACCACGACGACGUCAGCGGCCUCUGGACCAAGUACAUGGCCAGUCCCGCAGCGGCCCAGUUCCUGCAAGCAGGGGUGGAGCGCAUGCAGCGAGAAACCAACUGCUUCGACCUUCCCUCGGUGCUCAUUCGCCCUGUGCAGCGCAUCCUCAAGUACCCCCUCCUCCUUAACGAGCUCAACAAGUCAACAGAAGAGGGCCAUCCGGACAAGGUGAUGCUGGCCCAGGCCAUGGAGAAGAUGUCGGACGUGGCAACCUCCAUCAACGAGUUCAAGAGGAGGAAGGACCUCGUGUCCAAGUACCGCAAGGACCCUUCGGAGUCGACGCUCUCUAGGAGGCUGGCGAAGCUGAACCUGCAUUCGGUGCUGAAGAAGUCGUCCCGGUUCGGCGUCCGCCUUUCGUCCACUUUUGGACUGACCGCCGUGGAGAAGGACGAGCAGUUUGAGCGGACGGAGCGAGAGUUCAGACUACUGGAGAAGGCCCUCAAGCUCUUCCUCAAGAACCUCGGUGUUUUCUGCGACCAGAUGAAGGAGAGUGUGCAGGUGUCCCUGCAGCUGUCCGAAGAUCUGGUCCUCUUCUACCGAGACCGGAGCCCUGUCCCCGAGGUGGACAGGUACCGGAGUGUCCAGCACGCCAUCUGUGCCCAGCACUGGCAGGAGUUUGCGACGUCGGUGGAGCGUGACGUGGAGUCGGUGCUGAAGCAGCUGCUCCAGAUGUUCGGUGGCCCGGGCAAGCUGAUCACCAAGCGACAGCACAAGCUGCUCGACUACGCCGCCUGCAAGGCACGCGUCGACAGGAACCGAGACGUCACCAGGCACAAGCCGCUGGCGGACGAGCAGCAGGUGGCCAGGAACGUGUACGGGGCCCUAAACUCGCAGCUGCUGGACGAGCUUCCCAAGCUGUGCUCACUGUCGGCGGAGAUCCUCCAGUCGUGCGUCCAGGAGUUCCUCAGGGCUCGCAAGACCUUCGUGGGAAGGGCCACCCGGGAGCUGCUCACCCUCAUGGAGCUUCCGGCCAUGCAUGGCGCCCGGGGCAACAGCGACGUGCUGGAGAACUUCCGCAUCCGGCAGAGCGUGCUCCUGCGUGGCCUGGCGGAGCAGCCGUGCGCCAGCGAGCACAACCCGUUUGCGGCGCUGCUCUCCAAGGCGGACGCCACGAGCCUGUCGCGCGCCACGGGCGCCAGGGCCACCGCCAGGCUCAGCCUGGGCACCGCACCCGCGCAGACGGACAUGCAGCGGGUGUUCCUCAAGUCCAGCUACCCGGUGGAAUGCUUGUUCACGGUGUCGCAGGACUACGUCUCCGCAGACAUCUUGGACAUCGGCCUCAGGGCGGGCGACGUGGUCGGGGUGGUCAAGAGGAUGGACCCCAUGGGGAACCCCGGCAGGUGGUUCGUGGACGACGGAACAUCGAAAGGGUUCGUCGCCGCGGCACUCUUGCGGCCCGUCGUUCCGGGUGCAACCGCACCGGCCGUCUCUCCUCGCGUGUCUCCGCAGCCGGCCCUCACGGACCACGACCCCCCUCCGCCGUACAGCGCUACGGACCCCCUGCGGCCCGCCACCCCGAACCCGCCUCCCGGCCAGGCCCUCAACCCCAGCUUCAACCCCGCCUUCGUGGGUCGGGGCAAGUCCCCCUCCGCGUCCCCAGAGGCCUCCAAGCCCACCAAUUCCCCCGUCCCCGAGAAGCCUGCGACAGGAGACGAAGUGUCCGUCUACAACUACUCGUUCGGCCACCAAUCGACGAUGGAGCGGCACGCUUACGAAGAGAUUCCGGACGGAGAGAAAGGUCCAUCCAUCGGAUCGCCCGUCAAAGAGCCGCCGCCUCCGGCAGCGUCGCGGUACGCGAACUUGGAGUUCGAUCCGCUUGCUCCGACGGAUCUGCGAAACUCGGAAGAGGUCGACGCCAAGCCGAGGGCUCAGGAGACGGGUGUGGCGCCCUUUGGAUCGGCGCCCGUCGGCGCGCGUUACGGAAACCUGGUUCCCGACGGGACGGACUUCGUACCGGGGGUUGGAGGUGCGCUCUACGGAAACCUGGGUCCGGAACCGACGCCGCUUGCUGCCGCACCUGUUGCUGCACCUCCCGUCGUUAACGAGUACCACUACGCCCUCUACCCCUUCUCUGCCUGCGGUCCACACCAGCUGAGCAUCGCCCAAGGCCAAGUUCUGUUGGUGGUGCACCAGUGCGACCUGCACGGGAACCCAGAGUGGUGGUUCGUGCAGGACAGACACGGCAACCAAGGCUACGUGCCGGGCAACUACCUGCACAAGUACAGCCGGUGAUGGGGGCCCCCGCCACGUGGAGUCUUCAAUCUCUUCGACGAGGGCGUGCAAUGUGCGCUUUGUCGGCUGUUGGAAACAUCCCCUCUUGGUUUGGCCGGGCUGGGCUUGCCAAGUUACGAUUUGCGGCUAAUUUAGUUUGCUGAAUUUUGUGCCGUCUCUAGGAUAUUUUCUCAAUUUCUGCCAUGUUCGAAAUGUAGAUAUCGGCAGUUGGCAUUUUGUUUUGCAGGUCACGAUGAUUUUUGCUGGGAGCCUAUUUUUCUGAUUUCUGUCUGUUUUGUCUGCUGUGUGUGUCGUGGAAUUCCCAGACAACUUUCCCUUUGCUUUGUUGCGCAAGCUCAACAUCUAAGAUUAUUUUUACCUUUUUUGUCAACGGUGGCCUCGUGAUCGGCUAACAAGUACAACCCUUCUUUUUUUGAAGGCUUGGUUUCUUUCAGAACGUGCUAGCACCUAUACUAAGAAUGUAUGCAUGUUUAUAAAUUAGAGAAAGUCAUGCAGAUUGGAUAUAGGAUUGUGGCGUAGUGUCGCUUAUAAAUAUGCGAGAUUAGUAGUGCCACAAGUAGCUUCUUUUCUAUCGUCAUGGCCUUAUCUGAGUUAUCUUUCUGUGUUGUUUGGACGUUCCUAUAGCCUGGGGAUGCAGCAAAGCAUUCCCGUUCCUGAUUAUGCUUCGUAGGUCCCCAUAUCUGCAAAGAGAUGUUUCAAGCAAGGUACAAAUUGAGCCAUUUUCUUUCUUGUGAGGGAUGAUUUGGCUCUGCAAAUGUUUGUGAGAGCUAGCUGGACAUUGCAUGGUAUUGCCAUAACCACGGGCUGCCAGCUAGGUUUGUGGAGUUGGCAUGGCAGCUCAGAACUCAUUACCUUCCUCUGGUAGCUUACCGUUGUAGAACUAUGGAAUGAACCGAGCGUUGCAGCUUCGUGCGCCGGUUGCUCUAGUCUGGAGCUUUGAGUGUGUCUCGUACUUAGUUGUUUGGUCGUUUUGCCAUGCAACAUUCCUGUCCAACUAAACGUGAAUGUUCUUCUGGUGGUGCUCUUAUAUGUACGAGCCUUCUACAGUGUUUACUUUUGUUGAGUUUUCACUGUUGAUGUGUGCUGUUGGAUUGACCGAGCAUUGUCAGGGAAGGUAUGCCGAGUCUUCAACAACACAAGGCAAGUUUUGUACAUACAAGUUAGAUCUGCUAGUGUCAUACUUUAUUUUUAGCUAUGAACGGGCACUAAACUAUCUUUGCUGAGCUGGUUUGGCAGCUUGCAGAUUAUCUGAAUGUGUAAGAUAAACCGAGAACCAUUAUGCAAAGUACAUAUAUACUCAUUGAAGCAGCUGGGGAAGCUUCUAGGCUGGUGUGUACUCAAAUCUAACUUAAUUUCUUUUUCUUUUAGAAGCACACAUAAAUCUUUUUGCUCUUGCACAACUUUCUGUAUUGUUUGUUUAAUUUAAAAUAAAUAUUUUGGUAUUUGAUUUUG